AUGUACCAUCAUAUCAGAUGCUGGGAUCCACAAGGUGGUCGACAACAGACUGGCAAGGUAUCUCUUUUUUUUCUUUUUCAUCUCUCGUCCCCUUUUUGUUUUUAUUCUCUAUCUCCGUCCGUCCCCCUUUUUGUUUUCUUCUCUAUCUCCCGUCCCCUUUUUUGUUUUUCUUUUUCUAUCUCUCCGUCCCCUUUUUGUUUUCUUCUCUAUCUCUCCGUCCCCCUUUUUGUUUUCUUUUCUAUCUCUCCGUCCCCCUUUUUGUUUUCUUUUCUAUCUCUCCGUCCCCCUUUUUGUUUUCUUCUCUAUCUCUCCGUCCCCCUUUUUGUUUUCUUUUCUAUCUCUCCGCCCCCUUUUUGUUUUCUUUUUCUAUCUCUCCGUCCCCUUUUUGUUUUCUUUUCUAUCUCUCCGUCCCCUUUUUGUUUUCUUUUUCAUCUCCGUCCCCUUUUUUUUGUUUUCUUUUUAUCUCUCCGUCCCCCCUUUUGUUUUCUUUUCUAUCUCUCCGCCCCCCUUUUUGUUUUCUUUUCUAUCUCUCCGCCCCCUUUUUUUUCUGCAUCAUUCUCUUUUCUUUCAUUUCUCUCUCUCCUUUUUCAAUCUGUUCUUUUUAUUUUUUUUCUCCUUUUUCUAUCUUUUUCUCUCUGUCUCUCUGUUUCUUUUUCCGUUUUUUCUCUCUCUGUUUCUUUUUCCGUUUUUUCUCUCUCUGUUUCUUUUUCCGUUUUUUCUCUCUCUGUUUCUUUUUCCGUUUUUUCUUCUGUUUUUUUUUUUCUUUUUUUUUCUCUGUUUUUUUUUUUUUUUUUUCUCUCUGUUUCUUUUUCCGUUUUUUCUCUCUCUGUUUCUUUUCCGUUUUUCUCUCUGUUUUCUUUUUCUCCUUCUCUCUCUGUUUUUUUCUCUUUUUUUCUCUCUCUUUUUUUUUCUUCUUUAAAAGUUCUCUGUUUUUUUUCCCUUUUCUCUCUCUGUUUUUCUUUUUCUCUGUUUGUUUUUUCUCCUUCUCUCUCUCUCUCUGUUUUUUUUUCUCUCUGUUUUUUUUUCUCUCUGUUUUUUUUCUCUCUCUGUUUUUUUCUCUGUUUUUUUUCUCUCUGUUUUUUCUCUCUUUUGUUUGUUUUUUUUUUCUCUGUUUUUUUUCUCUCUUUGUUUUUUUCUCUCUGUUUUUUUCUCUCUCUCUUUUUUUGUUCUGUUUUUUUUUCUCUCUCUCUUUUUUCUCUCUUUUUUUUCUCUCUCUCUGUUUUUUUCUCUCUCUUUUUGUUUUUUCUCUCUGUUUUUUUCUCUCUGUUUCUCUCUCUCUCUGUUUUUUCUCUCUCUUUUUUUUCUCUCUCUCUCUGUUUUUUCUCUCUCUCUCUGUUUUUUCUCUCUCUCUCUGUUUUCUCUCUCUCUCUCUGUUUUCUCUCUCUCUGUUUUUUCUCUCUCUUUUUCUCCUAA